GAUGAUGUGAGGUGGCGAGCAUGUUGCAGCGCCGAGGCACCGCACCAACGCUACUGCAAGGAUGAGGACGCCGGUGUUGGGCAAGGACAACCUGUUUUGCAAUGGAGCAACUCGUAGCAACGGAUAUGCCGAGAAGAAGGCGAGGAGGAAUCUAUGCUGGUGGGAAAACUCAAUCCAAUGGCUAUAGGCCGCAAGGAGCAAUGCUACACAUACAGGUAAUUACAGGCAAAGUUUAAUUACAAGCUGAGUUGGCUUAACAAAUUUGGUAGAAGAAGAGUGAGGCGAGACUAUCUUGGGUAGAAAUCAGAGGGGUCCGAAGAGAUUUAAGAAAAUGCCCCGUAAAUGCCUGUAAAAACCCGUACUUUUAGGAUUAUUGGGCCGAAGAUAUGACUGUUGCGGAGCAAUCUGCUUACACCUAGCAUGGACAUAAGAAAAAUACUACCACCAUUGUGACGUUUUUGGUAGACUAGAACAGAGGAAGUAACAUUUAGGAGAGCGUGAUAAAACCACACAAUUUUCUCCUGUGGUACAUGAAUAUACUGACAGCUUCGAAGAGUGGGUCCCGCGCGUCAUUCACGGCUCAAACUAAUUCUUCAGCACGUUGCAAGUCAAAGCCGUGACCACCUUGGCCUCUCUUCUUCUUCUUUAACGGUGACCACGCCGGAGAUUUUCCGCGACAACCAUGGCGACGCGCCACCGCACGUUCUACCGCCUCGCCGCCACAAUCCUCAUUGCGUUCCUCCUCACACCACUGGCCGCGGCGCAGCCGCCGUGGCAGAUCUGCGGCAAGAGCGGCAACUAUGCGGCGAACGACACCUACCAAUCCAACAUCCGGCAGCUCUCCGCCACCCUCCCCAAGAACGCCUCCGCCUCCCGGACGCUUUUCGCCACCGGCAGCGUCGGCUCCCUACCGGACAUCGCCUACGCCCUCGCGCUCUGCCGCGGCGACGGCAACGCCUCCGCCUGCGAGGCCUGCGUCACCACCGCCUUCCAGGACGCGCAGCAGCUCUGCGCCUUCAACAAGGACGCCACCGUCAUCUACGACCCCUGCUACCUCCGCUUCUCCAACCAGAACUUCCUCGCCACCACCAGCAACGACAACCUCAUCGGCCUCAAGAACUCGCAGAGCGUGAGCUCGCCGGUGGACGUGUUCGACGCCGCCGUCCAGACACUCCUCAACGCCACCGGGGACUACGCGGCGGCAAACUCGUCCAGGCGGUUCGCCACGGGGGAGGAGGGCUUCGACACCAGUAACCCCACCAUCUACGGGCUCGUGCAGUGCACGCCCGACAUGUCACCGGCCGACUGCCGGAGCUGCCUCGGAGACAUAAUUACGCGGAUGCCGCAGCGUCUCAGCGGGAGCAUAGGCGGGAGGUUGAUUGGGGUGCGGUGCAAUUUCAGGUACGAGGUGGUCCCUUUCUUCUCCGGGAGCCCGACGCUGCGAUUGCCGGCACCUCCAGCGCCGCCGGCUCCUCCUCCUGCGCCUGUUAACGUGACGCCGACGGCGACCCCAGGAGGAAAAUCGGCAAAUAAUGUUCUGGCUAUUGUGCUGCCUAUCGUUGCCGCAAUUCUUGCUAUCACUACCGUUUGUCUCUGUUAUUUGAGGAGGAGGAGGAGGAGAAUACCAGCGAGGAGUAAGCUACCACAUGAUUCGACUAAUCAUGAAGACAUAGAUAGCAUUGAUUCACUUAUCAUUGAUCUAUCAACCUUACGUGGUGCGACGGGUAACUUUGCUGAGGCAAAUAAGCUUGGUGAAGGAGGAUUUGGUGCAGUUUAUAAGGGAGAACUUCCUGAUGGUCAAGAAAUAGCUGUGAAGAGGCUCUCCAGGAAUUCAGGGCAAGGAAUAGGGGAGCUCAAGAAUGAGCUUGUUUUGGUCGCCAAGCUUCAGCAUAAGAAUCUUGUCAGGCUUGUUGGCGUAUGCUUGCAAGAGCAUGAGAAACUGCUUGUGUACGAAUACAUGCCCAAUAGAAGCAUUGACACCAUUCUUUUUGGUACUAAUUCCGAUCAUUAUUUCAGCAAUAGCAUAACAACUACUAAAGCCAAGCAUUGCAUGGAAAAAUCCGAAGGAAUUAUUUUGUCCAAACACUUGGGUGUUGGAAAACUGAACUUUACUCAUUCACGGUUUCUUGUUCAAAUGCCAGAUCCGGAGAGAAGAAAGGAGCUAGACUGGGGAAAGAGAUUAAAGAUAAUAAAUGGGAUUGCUAGAGGAUUGCAGUAUCUUCAUGAAGAUUCACAGCUGAGAAUAAUCCACCGGGACCUUAAAGCUAGCAAUGUUCUGUUAGACUCUGAUUACACUCCGAAGAUUUCAGACUUCGGCUUGGCAAGGCUAUUUGGAGCAGAUCAAUCACGGGAGGUCACAAACCGUGUUGUUGGAACAUACGGAUACAUGGCCCCGGAGUAUGCAAUGCGCGGUCACUAUUCUAUAAAAUCGGACGUCUUCAGCUUUGGCAUUUUGAUGUUAGAAUUUGUGACCGGACGACGAAGCAGUGGCUCCUUUAACUUCGACGAGUCUGUAGACCUCUUAAGUCUAAUAUGGGAGCAUUGGAGCACGGGGACAAUGUCAGAGAUCAUAGACUCAUCUCUGAGAAGUCAUGCACCAGGUGACCAGAUGGUGAAGAUUAUUCACAUCGGGCUGCUCUGCGUUCAAGAUAACCCAGCUGAUAGGCCCAUGAUGUCGACAGUAAAUGUCAUGCUUAGCAGUAACACUGUGUCUCUCCAGUCUCCAUCCAAGCCAUCAUUUUUCAUCGCCAAGAGCGGCACAUACUCAACUCCAUACUCGGGGUCGUCAUACCCUACGGCUUCUCAGUCGAUCGCUAAGUCAGCUAUGGCGUCCCCAAAUGAAGUUUCAAUCACAGAGCUUGAACCAAGAUGAGGGAAGGAUUGCAAAGGAUAGUCGGUUUGUUAUCAUCAUCUUAUGAAGGCCCUAGUACAUUUCUGCUGCUGCAUUUUUGGAGUGAAUUGCAAAAAACAUCGACACUUCAGGCUAGGUUUGCAGGUACCACACAUAUACGAAAUUGUGCCAAAAAGCACUAAUUUUUUUCAUAAUUUUUUGCAAAAAACACUAGUUGCUUGUUUGGACCGUU